GCAUAAAAACUCGAAUUUAAUAAGGAAUUUUCUUUUUACCUUUUGCCACGGAAUGAGAAUAACAAUAUUAAUUAAAUCUGCUGUACAAUAAGCUAUGGCACAACCAUUUUUCCUCGAAGCCAAAGUGAAAUUGGCCAAUUCGUCCAGACUGGAAUCCUCAAAAUCUUGGGCAGUGGCUUUGGUGGCCUGCUCGAGAUCUGCUUCCGAGGCAUUGCCCGAUUUCAAGGCUUCCAACGUGACUUUGUCCUUUUCCUUUCGCAGCUCGUGAUUGGAUUUUAUGCUUUGUUGCAACUCAAUCUGUAGAUCAAAUUCAUUUAAUAGUAAACAAGACGCGAAUUUACGGGAUUUAUCUCUUACUUUGCAGAGCAUGCUCUGCAUUCUUUCUUCCAGUUCCGUGAGGUCUGCGGAGAUAACUGGCGGUCUUUCGACGCAAACGCUGCUGACCAAGUCCCACUUUUUUUUCGCCACAGCUGCUUCAUUUGUGACACAGUACUUGACCUGGCAGAUCCUCAAUGGUUUGUUGCCUGCUAAUUCGAUUUCAAAAAGAAAAGUCAAAUCAACAAAGUGUUAUGAUUUUAAAAAACCUGUGUUCCUGUGACUGAAUAACAGAAUUCUUGAUAAAAAUCGCGUUCCAGGGAAACUCAUUUUAAACUAAAGUAACGACGAAUGUCCAGAGAAAGUGAUAUUCUUCGAUAUUCUGGCAAAAAUUAUAAUUUUUAGCGGUAGGAAGCGUAGGAAGCUGCUCGAUUGUAGUCUCUUCUCUUUCGCUUGCUCGUUGAUAGCUUGGUUAAUACAUGGUUCAAAACAAAACAGUGAAAGUGAAAAGAAGUGGAGCUCCACGCGCAUGCGCUAAGCAAAUUGGUGGGCGUGUCUACUCUAAAAAAAGUGAGCAUCGUGAAAAGCCAAAAGCCUCUCGUGCCAGUGAAAUCGGAGAGCGAGAGAAUAGGCUUGAGAAUAGGCGCGAGGAGAGAGGAGACGCAAUACAAAAUCCUGAACGAGUCUCAACAAGUCACAACUUGCAGAAGAAUGCAGAAUUCAAGGCACGCAUGAUGAAGAGCGCAGGCGUCGCUGAAUGUAAAUUAUCGAGAUAAAGCGAGGUUCCUGCCUGCCAACAUUCCUGUACAAAGAGAGUACAUAAAUAUACAUAGCGAGACACGAUUCAACACGUUUAUAACUGAGGACCACGUUUGCAUGCUCUUCGUGGCGUCCGUUGCCGAUUUUAACUUCCAGCUCCACCGCAACUGGAGAAAAGUGCGCGACCUUGACUCCUUGAGUGCGUCCACCACUGAUCGCGUCGCUUGUGCACGAAAACUCGACAUUUUGAAGCUAUUCUGUUCUGAUCUCCUCUUCCUCUCGCUAGCUUGGAAGACCUGAAGCGUGCAGCGAAAGUGCAUUUGGGUUCUAUGCAGCUUAGCUUUCAGGCUGGAUUGGUCGUCAUAAAAAGAACGCGAUCACCACCACUAUGGCUGAGCAAAAAGAGGUUUCUUCCAACGGCGAUAAGAAUUUGUUGCAAGAGAAAAUCGCAAAACUGAAGAAGAAUGUCCUGUACCAGCAGUGCCUGGAGAAUGUUAUCGAGGAGUAUUCGGAUAUGAGGAGGGACAUCAAAAGUGCAAAGUUGUUGGGGAAAAAGGCCGCCGCUGUUCUGAAACUCAAGUUCCAAAGCGCCGAGGCGUUCGAGGACACUGACCGGUCGUACAGGUCGGUCAAGAAUUUUGGGGCGCCAUACUUCAAGGACAUGAAGAAGUUUUCGCCUGGCAAGAACUCUGACCAAGUGAAAAUGGAGCAGCUGGGCUUUCUGGACGUCGCCAAUCUCGAGGCUCCUAAGAAAUGGCAGCACUGGGAGAUGAAGCUGUUGGAGGUGACCUUGCGCAAAGUGGCCCUGGGUGCCCUGCGAAGGCCUUUGGUGGCCAAAAGGUCAAUCCUGCUGGACCAGCAGAAAGUGGAGAGGAAAGCAAACUUGUCGUCUGCCCUCACCGAUGUGCGCAUUGCAGAGAUCAACGAGCAGAUCCAACAAAUGAGUGGCGAAGCCCUUUUUGACAAGCUCAGCGACCAAGAAGCUGAGCACGACUGGUGCCGCAUUUCGGUCACUGAAUUCGAAGGUCAGCGUUCGCCACUCGAGCUGAGAGCCAUGUGGAAGCAAUGCUUGGUCCUCACCCUGGAGAGGACGGCCUGGACCAAACAUGAAAAUGAUCUCUUGAGGUUUGCGGCUAGCAAGUAUUGUUUUCAAAACUGGGCUGCAAUCGGUGCCGAGGAGAUGAGUGGAAAACGCUCCAUGUACCAGUGCUUCCUGCACUACCAAAGCAUUUUGAACAAGUUCAGGGAAGGUUGGAGUGGCGCCGAUGACAAGAAACUCAAAAGCGCUGUCAAGAACCUGCAAAAAGGAAAAUUCAUUCCGUGGCAAAAGAUUGCGGAUCGAUUCCCAGGCAAGAGUGUGAAGCAGGUGGCCCAGCGCUGGACCCAGCGUCUGGACCCCAAGAUCAAAUCAGGAGGCUUCACCGAAAGGGACGACAUGAUCAUCACGGCCGCACGCAGCCAAAAAAUGACUUUCAUGCAAAUCUCAAACCUGAUGCCAGGUCGAACCGAGAGCCAGAUCAGAAUUAGAUACACCAGGCUGGAGUGCUUCAAGCCGAGUGUUCCUUGGAUUCCUGAGGAUGACCAGAAACUGCUGGCCUUGGUCAAACAGUUCAAAGGCAGCAGAGACCAAUGGUCGAUUGUCAACGAGUACUUUCCAGACAGGGACAGGCAGCAGCUUAAGGGCAGGCACAAGAGGCUGCUCAAUGAUGCUGCUGGGAUCAAAACAACUCUGCCUCGCAAAGGGAAGAGGUCAAUAUGGGUGCUGAACAAAAGAAGAACUACUCCAAUUUUCAACGCCAGGAAUGUGGUUAAGUUUGCUUGCAAUGCCCAGAAGGCUAGAAAGGUUGGUCGGAGGAGAAAGAAGAAGGACGACCUGGACUUGGAGUUGGACCAGGUCUAUCGAAGCCACUACCGGCAGCGAAGGGGAAGAAAGAGGAAGUACUACCCCAACACUGCUAAACCCGCAACUGUGAACGUUGCUCGGAACUUGUGUGAGAUUUUCGGUGUACACUUUGAUUGGAAUUGCGAGCAGCGGUUGCUCAAGGCCGCAGCCACCAACCCCAAGUUCUACAACAUCCUCAACGUGUACCGCCAGCUGCGAAUGCUUCACUAUGAAGAGGGCUGGGACUGUGAAAAGAAGCAUGUCACUCAAUCGAUUCCUCCCAACUUCAGAUCUCUGGUCGGACUGCGCACUUUGCUUUUGGAAGAGCGCAACAUCUUGGCCAUGAGCCUGGAGGAUCAGAACGAGGUGCCGACCUACCUCAAGGGAGUUGUCACCAGAGCUGACUUGACCUGCAACGCACCUGAGGAGGAUUUCAAUGAUGUUGACGAAAAUGACGAAGACGCCCAUCGUCCCGAGCAGAACGACGAAAGCUCUUAUGAAUUGCCCCGAAUGAAUCCUGAAGAAGCUUUGUCCCUUUUCAUGCAGAGGUUUUGCUCCCUGCUGCUCUGGCCAAGCUACAUGUCUCGCAUUGCUCCAUUGCUCGACUACAAAAAGGACUUGUUUGAGGGUGAAAGGAUGGCUUGUGCCAGUUCCAACGAAGACGAUGACGAAGUGGACAAAUUGUUCUCUGACUUUGACACUGAUGAGGAGGACAAAGUGAAGGAAUCCUUGAAUGAAAUGGAAAGUGAGGAGGAGAGGAAGCGGAUGCUGAGGAAGCAGUGGCUGCAGUACAGGGAGGAGAAACUGAGUCAGCCAUUGCUGGAGGAAAAAGAGCUGCCCGAGGUGCUCAGGAAGAAGCGCCGCCUGCCCAAGAAGAGGGGAAGGAAGAAGAUGGAAGCAGACAAUUGGCUGCAGAGCCACAUCAGGAACAACAUUGAUUUUUCUCCGUGUAAUUUCUUCAAGAGAAGUUGCGUUGCCAUGGAAGAAAGAGGAAACAGCGGGCUCGGAAAGGGAGUGCCGUGGUUGCUGGGCUGGCAAAAUAUGUGAAUAGCAAAAUAGCCUGACUAGUAUCUUAUAUAAAAUCUCUAAAUUAAAAAUGUAUUUUCAUUCCUAUGCGUAAACAAUAUCAGGAAUUGAACCAAAACUUUUAGUUUAAAUUCAAAUGGAGGCACA